AUGAAAUUUGGAGAACAAGUUGCACUCUUUCUAGGUGCUCUUUUUGUGGCACAACAAACAACCGCAUUCGUCCCAGCAAGUCGCAUCCAUAGUAGCAAAGGCCUUGCAUUCAUUCCGGAAUCUUCCAUUAUGACAUCCACUUCCCGUGCUGUUCCAUCACUACAAGGUUCUUCCACCUGCCUCUUUGCCUACGACGACGAUGAUGAUGAAGACGACGAUGAAGAAGAUGAGCUUAAUCCUUUGGGCAAGGGUGUCGACUCCGUCUCGUGGUUGCCAAGUGUUGUUGGAAAGACCAAAUCAGCCGAGAUUUCAAACAUUCAAGAUGGCACCGAAGUCCUUCCCCUGUUUCCUUUGGGAGGAUUCGUAUACACACCCAACACAGAGCAUGUUCUGAAUAUCUUUGAGCCAAGAUAUCGUCAGAUGUACACUGAUAUUCUCAUGAAUGGAACCAAGCGAUUUUGUGUUGUCACCUCUCAUCCAUCAGAACAAGGGAGAUUUGCCCAGACAGGGGUUUUGUUUGAACUUGAAGAUUUGAAGGAAGUGAGUGAGCAGACAGCAGAUCAAAUCAAGUACAUCUGCAACCACAAAGUUACUGGUCGUGUUACAAUUCACAAGGUUCUCAAUCCUGAGGCUUGGGAGACCAGAGACACCUAUCUGAAAGCAGUCGCAACCAUUCACGAUGACAGUGGUAAAGACGACGAAGAAACCGCGGAAGUAGCAAGUAAUGACGUCUAUGGUGCAGUUGCAGCCGCUGCCAAGGGAUCACCAUCUAAGGCCGAGGAAGAUUUGAGGGAUUCCUUCAGAGAAUUGGUUGACAUUCAACAUGAACUGGAAGAGGAUGUCCGUUUCACACAAGAUGCCGUCAAAACCUUGGCCGUCAAGGAUGGAUCUAGUGCAGAUGGGUUGUGGCAGACAGUUCGUUUGUGGCAAAGCUUUGUGGACCAACGGCUCAUGGCGGCACAGAACGAAUUGCAAAAAGACUUUCAAGAAAGGCUCCAAGAAUUCCUCAAGAAGGAAAAGGGAUUCAAGAAUGAUGAAAUUCCAAGUGCCAUUGGCUUUUCAGAUUUGUCACCCGAGCUUCAAGAUGAGGUUCAAAAGAUUCAAAAGCGCAUGGAAGUCGAGUUACGACCCCUAUUGUUGGAAUCCUCUUUGACGAUGCAAAAGAUUCUGGAAGCAGAUGGGCACAAAGAACGACUAAGUCUCUUGAAGUACUUUAUGAAUGCUGAGACCAGACGGCUGCAAUCCAAAAAGACGCUCAAGGGCAUCUUUUCAGGAGACAGCAGCAGCGUCACAGCGGAGGAACCAGCUGCUCCACCUUCCAAAUCAAAAGAAGAAAAGAGUUCGAAGGAUGGCUCAAAGUCUGAGGACGAAUCAAAUCCAAGCUUCUUCGACGAGCCCGAUGCCUUCCAGUAA